UUUGAAAUCAGCUGACCGAAAACGAACAAAUCUAACAGAUAACAGCUGUUGUCAGCACACAUUUCGCAUGUGAAAAAUGUAAAUACAGUCUAACUCAACACUUUCCGAAAAUAAAAACAAAGAAGAAGUUUCACAAAUUUCAUCAACAAAUUAAUGAAUUUUAAGUUUUUUUUACGUUUAAUUAAAAAAAUGACUUUGGGUGAAAAUGGCUCAACAUUGGAUUACCGUAAUAAAGUAAUAAUGGCGCCCAUGGUGCGUGUUGGAACAUUACCCAUGCGUUUACUGGCGCUUGAGUUUGGAGCUGAUAUUGUUUAUACCGAAGAAUUAAUCGAUAUGAAGUUAAUGCGUAGCAAAAGACGUGUCAAUGCUGCCUUGGGCACCGUUGACUUCGUCGAUCGAAGUGACGGCACAAUUGUAUUUCGCACUUGCGCCAAAGAACGUAAUCAACUUAUACUACAAUUGGGAACCGCUGACGCUGAACGAGCAUUGAGUGUGGGAAAGUUAGUAGAGAAAGAUAUUGCUGGAUUAGACAUAAAUAUGGGUUGUCCUAAAGAAUUUUCCAUCAAGGGAGGAAUGGGCGUAGCAUUACUUGGACAGCCAGAUAAGGCAGAACAUAUUCUAACCACUUUAUGCAAAAAUUUAAGUAUACCAGUUACCUGCAAAAUUAGAAUAUUGCCUGAUUUGAAUGAAACUAUUAAACUGGUUCAGCGAUUUGCAUCUACGGGUAUAGCUGCUAUAGCGAUACAUGCUCGAACGCGUGAUGAACGGCCACAGCAUGCUCCACAUCCUGAUUUUAUACGUGAGAUAGCAAAAGCUGUAAAUAUACCAGUGAUAGCAAAUGGUGGCUCGAAAGACUUUCACAAAUACAAAGAUUUGCUCAGCUUUCGCGACUUGUGUGGUGCCACCAGUGUCAUGGUGGGCAGAGCUGCACAGUUAAACGUUUCAAUUUUCCGCACAGAAGGUAUGCUUCCAAUGGAUGAAAUAAUAGUGAGAUAUUUAAAAUUAAGUGUCGACUACGACAAUCCAGCACACAAUACCAAAUACUGCGUGCAAAACAUACUCAAAGAAUUGCAGGAAUCACCGCGUGGUAAACAAUUUUUACAAUGUCAAACUCUACAACAAAUGUGUGAAAUCUGGUCGCUUGGGGAUUAUUGUUAUCGGAAACAAUUGGAACAAAAAAAGCUGGGGAACUUUGGCAGGCGUGAAGUAGCACCGGGCGUAAUACCUGAUGACGACACUGUGGACGAGCCCGAAAUGAAGCGUCAAAAAAUGAAUGCACCUCCUCUAGAUGCCGAUAUUAUUCAACAUAAUAUUGCAUUUUUGCGUUCAAACUACAGCAACGAUACUCAGUUACCUAAGACCAGGCUUUACACAUAUGCCGGCCGCAAGAAUUUAGCAAUACCGCAAUACGAAACCCAAGGAAUAGAUAAACUUUUUCGGGCCAUUUGUACUUUCAAUGGGAAACGGUAUACGAGUUCAUUUUGGGAAAAAAAUAAGAAACAGGCCGAACAGGGUGCAGCACUUGUGUGUCUUCUAGAAAUUAGUGAAGUAACCGAGAAUGAAUUAAUAAAGAAUGGUAGCAUUUUAAGGUGAUAUUGAUUGGUCUGUUACGCAUUUGCUUCCUGUAAUUAUGUAUAUUAGCAAAAAUAAAAUAAUUUUCACAACCGU